ACCAACGGUAACUUUUGGAAUUACUGUACUGCCAGCUAGCCGAGCGAGACACAAAACAUGAAAACAAAGACGGUGUUUGGGUUCAGUCUUUGUUCAACCCUUCUUAACUAACGGUGUCUUUUAUUUUUUUGAGAAGUUAACUAACGGUGUCUGAUUCAAACAAUCUUCUCAUCCUUUCUCAUCGUCCAAUAACAUCUAUCCACGUAUAUCUCCAUUUCUUUUCAAACCCAGAUCCCGAAAAGUCAAAAUGGUCUCAAAAAUCCAACUAUUCUUCCCCAAUCGCCAAAAUCUCAGUUCUUUGAUUUUGCUAAAAUUUCACAAUUCAGGAUUCCAAUCUUGCCAGUCCGAUGAAACCCAAGUUGGGGUUUUCGGUGCUGUUAGUGUUGGUCUCAGUUUUACAUUUUAGUUCCAUAGCUGAAUCCAAAUGUAGUAAAGGAUGUGACUUGGCUUUAGCUUCAUACUACGUGAUGCCGGAGACAAAUCUCACUUUCAUAGCUCAAGUUUUGCAGUCUAACCUUAAUAUCAACCCUAGUACAAUUGUCAGUUACAACAAGCAAACGAUAACCAAUCAAGACAGUGUUCAAGAUGGUGUAAAGGCCAAUGUUCCUUUCCCAUGUGACUGUAUCAACGGCGAGUUUCUGGGUCACAUGUUUGAGUACACGGUUCAUUCAGGGGAUACGUACUUGACGGUGGCACAGACGUAUUAUGCCAAUCUGACCACGUAUCAGUUGCUGCAGAAGUAUAAUAGCUAUGACUCCAACAAUAUACCUGAUACCAAUGCCAAGUUGAAUGUCACGGUCACUUGUUCUUGUGGAGAUAGCUCGGUUUCGAAGGAUUACGGUUUGUUUAUUACGUACCCACUUCGGCCAGAGGACACCGUGGAAUCGAUUGCCUCGGCUACGAAUCUUAGUGUAGCGUUGCUGCAGAGUUACAACCCAGGAGUGAAUUUCGGUCAAGGGAGUGGUGUGGUGUAUAUUCCAGGCAAAGGUCUCCCAAUUGCAUAGUAGUUUAUUGAGAGGAGAUUGAGUGCCAAUUGCCAUUACUAUGGACUCUGGUGGGCAUUUUGGGAGAACAAAGUUAAGCCAUUGAAGUGAAAAUUACAUUAGUGGGCCUCCUUGAAGUGGGUAAAUUAUUUAUUUUUUGGUUUAACAUUCAGAAAUUCACGGUUGUAAUGGAAGCUCGGGAGGGAAAGCAGAACACCUAGAAUUGUUUCUUGUAUUUUAUAAUAUAACUGCCAAAACUGUUAGGGCAGCUAGUAUUUUGUGAUAUAAUUGCCAAAACAGUUAAGGUAGCUAGUAUUUUGUGUGGUACAUCAGAUCUAUGCUUCAGUUAGCUUCCUAUUUUCAAAUAUCUUUAUACUAAAUCUAAAAGGUAUUUACUCUGUUUCUUUUUAGUCUUUGUGCAGUAUUGUAUUUGGAUUCUUGAUUUGGAUCAGUUAGCUUCCUAUCUUUUGGUUGUUGAGAAAAUUACACAGGAAAUAUAGAGAUAAUAAUUUUAUGGUCCCAAAGGAGCAGGAGAAAAAGACUAGGGUCAUUUUUUCUGGGUGCGCAUUAACAAUUGCUGCCUCGAAUGGCAAUCAACAUCAGUACAUUUGUGCUUCUCAAAGAUAGUUUUUCCAUCCUAGAAAUUAGUAGAGUAUAUGAUAAAUAAAAGGGAAAAAUUAUAUAACAUACAGAGAAAAGCAACAAAUGACCAUAAUAGCCAGAAACCCAAAACAAAUACAUUAAAGCUGAAGUUCAAAUCCUGUUGUCAGGAAAUUAUAUAUGAAGUUUUUAAAUACAACUGACAUCAUAUGUAGUAGUUGUCCUCUAUUUGAG